CUGACUUUGAAACGCCCUCCAAGAAAACGGCUUUCUCUGCAGAGGAGCUAACCCUAAACCACUUUUAACCCUAAAACCACCAAGUUUUUUUUGAGACAUUUUACAAGGAAUUUUCAAAAAAUUGUAAAAAAAUCAGUUUUUAAGAUUUUUGUUUGAAAUUUUCACUGUUGGCAGCCAAGAGGUAGAUAUUUAAAAAAACGGUUUUAAAGAAAUAUACCCCUGUAGGGUUUUUCAGCACUGAGAUUAAACACAGUUAUAUUGACCUAAAAAUUUUCCGAAAUUUUGGCUUGCAAGAGCUCUUGUGUCACGAAAUGAACGCAGGAGACUGGGGAAACUAGUUCACAGGUUACCCUCAACUAUCCGGAAUCAAAAUGGCGUCUGUUUACUAUAGUGACGAAAGUGAUGAAGAAAAUGUGCUUGAUGAACUUCUGCAGCCUGAAAAUGAGGAAACGGAUGAGGAAGAAGAAUCAAACUAUCACGAGUGGACACUUCAGCGACUCAAAGAAGAGUUGGGUCGAAGAAAUCUUUCAAAAACAGGCAGAAAACAAGAGUUGAUCGAUCGACUGGUUGAACAUGAUGAAAGCGGAGCUGUGUUGUGGUCAGAUGAAGAACUUGAAGUGGAAGACCUCCCUCCUUUUCGAAAACAUCCUGGCCCAACCUUCGUUGUUGGCGAUGAACAAAAUGCUGGAGAUAUAUUUAAUCGCUUUUUUACACCGGAUUUGAUAGAAGUUUUGGUUACAGAAACCAACCGAUAUGCACGUGGGAAAGAAGCUGUCAAUUGGGUUGACACUUCUGCUGAGGAAAUAAGAGCAUUUCUGGGAGUAACAAUUUGGAUGGGCUUGAAACAAGUACCUGAUCUUUAUGAUUACUGGUCAAACAGUACAGUUCUUUCAGUUGAUGGCAUAAAACAUGUUUUCCCGAGGAAAAGGUACGAGGAAUUGCUCCAUAAUUUACAUUGUGCUGACAAUGGCUCUGCCAUCCCUGCUGGCCAGCCAGGUCAUGACAAAAUUCAUAAGAUUCGAAACGUUUUGAAUAUUCUCAACAGAAAUUUUCAGGACAACUGGACACCACACCAGCAAAACAGUGUAGAUGAGGGAAUGAUUCCAUUCAAGGGAAGAAUUGGGUUCAAACAGUACAUGAAAGAUAAACCUACCAAAUGGGGUAUCAAGGUUUGGAAGUUAGUGGAUUCAGUUAGGGCCUACCUUCUCCACUUCAAAAUUUAUACUGGAAAAACUGAUAAUCCAGGAGCAAAUCUUGGAGAGAAAGUUGUCCUUGAUCUUUGUACUUCUCUUCCAAGGGGUAUUCCCUGGAAGCUGUACUUUGAUAACUUUUAUACAAGUUUGUCAUUAGCCAGUUCACUUCUUGAGCAAGGAAUCUUUUGUACUGGGACGACCAGACCAAACCGGGUGGGGUUUCCUCAUCAACUUCACAUGGCCAGACUCAAAACUGGAGAGAGUAAGUGGAUGAUGAAAGAACCAAGAUUUUUUGCACUGAAGUGGAAGGAUACAAAGGAUGUAUAUGUGCUGUCUACUAUGGCAAAGCCAGGGGUAGAAGAUGUCAGGAGAAAAGAGAAAGGUCAUGUGGAAGGUGUUAUCAAGCAGUGUCCCUCAGUCGUGGUGGACUACCGCAAGUACAUGGGAGGAGUGGAUACAAAUGAUCAACAUCUGUCAUAUUACAAAUGUUCUAGGAAGUCUAGUAAAUGGUGGAUGCCUGUGUUUAUGCAGAUGUUGGACAUGGCAAUUGUCAAUGCAUGGAUUUGUGAGUGUUUUCUCAGGGGAGAUCAUAACUCAAGAAAGCAGAAGGUGUUCAGAGAUGAGCUUGUGGUCUCUCUGUGUGGAAAAUUUACAGGAAGAAAGAAAGUUGGGAGGCCCUCUGGACUCCCAGGACCAAGGUUUGACAAGGCAGAACAUUGGCCUAAGAAAAGAGAACAAAGAGGUUACUGUGCUUGUGGCUGUGGAAGCCGUGGCCGUAUUUACUGUGGAAAGUGCAAUGUUCCUCUGACUAUUGAGUGUUUUGAACUGUGGCACACAACUGCCUAACUGAUGUAUUUUAAAAGCUUUUUCUACUUCAAAUUAAAUUAAGAUUUCCUUUACAAUGAUGUUUAAGUUGUAGAAACAGUUUUAAAGACAUUUUAACAAUUAUUCUUACUUCCAAUACCAUGUAUACAUGUCGACGGACCAUAUGGUCCAUUUGCUGGUUUUAGGGUUAAGGCGCUAGAGACUCGUUCUGGAGAUCAAUGAUCCUAUAGCAGGAGUUUCAGAGAAAUUAAAAAUUUUGACCAAAAUUGCCAUGCUACCCCUUGGGCAAAAAAUCUAAGAUGGCAGACACCAAAGGGGGUGCUAUCAUGGGAACUGCUGUAACUCCCUGAACUUAAAUGCUCUUGACUAAUGUAAACCCUUCUUAACCGACUCAGGAGACCGCCACACCCGAUUCCUCGGAUUCGGAGGGCAAACUUCGGUUGGGGAGACCCCAGCAGCUGUCCUUAGGUGAACCAGGCGAGAUCAGCCGAGACCUGCCCGAGACAGACACCGAUGAGGAGGAAGUGCCCUCUCCUGCACCCGCCAAGAGACCAUCAAUCCAAAACCAAGGAAACCCGACAAGACCUGCUUGGUACCUGGUUGCGGGGGUUACUCUGGGCGGAAUUUGAAGCGCCACUUG